AUGGCAUAUUUGAAACGAUGGGUGCAGUCCUCGACGCUAUACUCUCACUUCGGCAGAGGGGUACGCAAAGUAUCCUCUACGAGACUGAAGCUUUUACGUCCCGCAGUCGGAGACAACAACGCCGCAGGUAGUCGGAUUAUUCCGGCCAGAAAUCAUGACAGUUCCAUUGGAGUUCGUAUUGACAGGGGCAUGCAGGUCGACAAACGUGUCAAAAUCUACGUUCAACCGAACAAAAAUGCUGACAAUCGAACAAUUAAAGAUCUAGCCAAUAAGAAUAGUCACCAGAACCUUGCUGAAGCCUGGGUCGAUAUUGAGGAUCCUAUUGAAGACUCAACAAUCACUGUCCAUGAGUUACCGCCUGCCAACCUCUGUGUAUAUGAGAGACACAUAAUCUCGCCCUCCAAAUUUAGCAUUGAUGUGCUUUACGUGUUUAAAAUCAUUGAGGACUUCACUUGGAGCGGUGAGGAACAAGAGCAUGCGAUGCACACUAUUGCACAUAAAAUAGAUGUCUACGCUACACUCUCACUACCUCCUGCCUCCAAUGCUGCAAUGGUGUCUUUUAUGGUAUUUCUUCUGAGCCAAACACAACCACAAGUGUGGUUGCUUUUGCAUCUAGUCAUGGAGGAUGCAGGCGACGCAAUUGCCUUGUCCUUACUCUAUGAAGGCUUCCGGGUUUCUAGCAUCAUAUCAACAUAUUCAAACCACCUCCAGCCAGAUACUACCUACACAGCUCGUGGUGGUUCUGUGAUUGGUGAGAACCGCUCAAAUGUGAUUGCUGCUGAGGACGAAAUAUUAUGGAACAGAUUACGCUUGAAGUUCUAA